CCGGGCCCACCUUCUGCCACUCUAAAAAAAGACCCCAGCCUUAUCUGAAUUGAGAAGCACAUUAGAGCCUCUCGGCCAAUCACAGCACAGUCCAGCUGCUAAGUGCAGGCCCAAAGGAGGAAGAGUGGAAAACUUUUUGUUUUCUUCAGACUUUAAUGAAGUUGGCCUGGUCACUCGUGAAGGGAUUAAAGGACAGUUUGGUGUCACCGAGCCUUGACUGCCGAAGGAAGAAAACACAAGUGUUCGGAUCACGGCGUGGAACAGGAUGGUUUCCGUUCAGAGCUGCACCAGGAGGAAUGUGCCCAGUUCUCCUCCUGCUCUACCAGGAUUCGGCAGCUCAGGAAAAAGUUUCCUGAUCGACAAUCUGCUCCAGGCGUCUACGGCUAAUUCUCAUGCAGCCCACCUGAGACGAGCAGUGAGUGAACAUCCCAGAAGAACCUGGGCCUCGGAGCAUGGGCUCUACCAGUGUCCGGCCCUGAGUCCACAACAGGUGAAAGAUUUGGGAGGACAUGUACUGCCUCACUCAGGUAUGAUCGGCAGUGUUUUCCUACGAAGCCCACCGUAUCUGCUGGCAUGCUGCGGUGGGUCCAGCCCCCCUCCUGUCUUCUCCAAGGGAGCAAGUAUGCGUGUGUGGUCUGCCGAUGGAAGUCCUAAAGUUCGUCGAGGGAUUCUAAGGAGGGCCGUUUUCUCAGAGGAGCAGCGCAAAGAGCUAGAGAGAACUUUUCGAAGACAGAAGUACAUUAGCAAGACGGACCGGAACAAGUUGGCAGCAGAUCUCAGCCUCAAGGAAUCACAGGUAAAGAUCUGGUUCCAGAACCGUCGCAUGAAGUGGAGAAACUGUAAGGAGAAAGAAGUUCAAAAUGCCUGUUCUCCAAUGGAUGAGCUCAUGGUGCAUGGACUGACAGAAGAAGAUGCGAAACCAUCAAAGAAUCAGAGUGACGCAAAAACACAAAGAGCGCCAACGCACAAGAACGUCAAAGACGAAUGAGAAUAACUGGACUGUCUAACUUUCAUUAUAAUCAAAAGUCGACGAUCUUUGAUAAUAUGUUGCUCGAUUGUUCUGUACAUUUGAAAACUAACAAUAUUAAUAUUUUUAUGAAGCAGACGACUGUUUAAGAGCCUCGUGGAUGCACUUGUGUGCAACUGCUUGGCGUGUCAUCCUUUUGCUUAUCAUUGGCUUCAGUAAACACGGUUGUGACGACUACACUGAUGAGUCUUUCCUGGAAAGAUUCGUGUUUGGAUGUAAUUCAAAUUUAGUGCAAAAAUGAGUCACUUCAUUAACUGCAUUUGUUACUGCAAAUGAGACAUCUGCCCCCAAAAUAACAACACAGCACAGCAUCAUCACAGCAUCAUCCUUUGAUCUCACUGUUGUGUCCCAGUUAAAAAUAGAUGUGGGUCAAGAACCUGAAGACAUCUCAGAUGAUAAGGACUUAGUCACUGUUGCGAUGCUCGGGUCAGUAUAUGCUGAGUAAGAUAAAGGUCAUUUAAAUUGGAAGCAACCAUGAGAUGAUGCAUCGUCCUGAUGUUGGAAUAUCUUUACAUCUGAAUGUAUGUCCUGUAAAUUGAAGAUUUUGUAGAUAUUUGAGUUCUUAUCAGUUGUAAAUAAAAUAUUCACGUGUAUUAGAUUUCCUCACUCCUGACUCUUACUAUGUUGAAUGCGAUCAAAGGUACGGUCCAGUGAGUCCACCUUCAAUAUUACCACGGACCAAACCAAAAAGGCAUUUGAAAUACAUUUUAUUUAUUU